AUGGCCCGAAUCAACCUCCCGCCCCUCACGCGCGGCAUACUUGCCACCCUCGUCUUCUGCACCCUGCUCAACUUCGCCCUGCGCCCAAACGCCAAUUGGGUCGAAAAGGUCGAGAAGCCCAUUAUCGGCGUCGGCAACGGCGUCCCGUGGCUGGCCAUAGUCCCGCGCCGCUCGGUGCCCUGGUAUCCCUGGGUCUUUGCGCUGGCAACCGUCGUCGAGCAGAAUCUCCUCGGCCUCAUCAUAACCGGCCUGACCGUCUUCUAUGGCGGUCGCUACCUCGAGCGCGCAUGGGGGUCGCAUGAAUUCACAAAGUUUAUGCUGUUUGUCGCCAUGAUCCCAAACAUCUUGUCCUACCUGCUCUAUGCCGUCGGAUAUCUUGUCGUGGGCAAAGGCUCCAUGGUGAACACCACCAUCUCCGGCGGUAUCGCUAUCCAAGCCGGCUUCCUCGUUUCCUUUAAGCAGCUCGUGCCCGAGCAUACCGUAGCCAUUGCAAAGGGCCUCAUUCGCAUGCGCGUCAAGCAUUUCCCCGCCAUAUUCUUGCUUGCGAAUACCAUCUCCGGCACAAUCUUGGGCACCGAGACGGCCAUGUUCCUUGCCUACUUUGGCUUCAUGACUGCAUGGAUCUACCUUCGCUUCUAUCGCAUCAGCCCCUCGCUCUCGUCCACGGCCACUGGAGACGGCUCCGUCAUUCGUGGAGAUGCUUCCGACACCUUCAGCUUUGCUCAUUUCUUUCCCGAGCCACUACAAACCCCCAUUGGCGCCUUUGCAGAUGGAGUCUACAACAUGCUGGUAUCCCUCAAGGUGUGCACGCCCUUUUCCGACCACGACAUUGAUGCAGGCAACGAGCAGGCGAGCGCCCGUGCCGAAGGUGGCCUCCCAAGCAUCAUGAACCCCAACAGCCGAGGUGGCCGAGGAGGAGGAACACGUGCCGAGGCGGAGAGGAGAAGAGCACUCGCUCUAGAGGCAUUGAAUCAAAGACUGAAUGCUGCAGCAUCCCGUACUUCGAGUUUCCCUGCGCCAGCUACAGUCUCAGUAUCUGGGCCAUCGGAAUCGCUAGGCGAAACAAACUACGAACCUGAUAGACCGGAAAUGUCGGAAAAGUCAGCACCUUAG